UAUUGUGUGUCUGUAUGUGCGUCGCGCGCGUAGUGCCGACGAGGCACUUCGAUCGCGGACGCAAGCGGCCGCCAACGCCACCGCCGCAGUCUCAAAGUCGUUCCUCCACUACCAGCGACAACGCACGCACACACGCGUGAGCUUCCACACUUCAUUCUUAUACAACACACAGCCGUGCGCAUCACAUACUUACCAACACAGACACAAACGCGUACGUGAAUCCGGCGGGCGACGCAUCCCCGUCGCUGCGCCGCCAGCUCGUUACCUCGAUCAGUUCGUAUUGUUUGUUUUUGUUGUUUGUUAGUGCAUCGAUAUGUGUACAGUGCGCGCUUCGACAUUCAAGUGCUGGCUUGCUCAUUCGCUCUACGUCCUGUGCUUUUGUGUGUAAGAUAGGUUAGCUGCGAAGUUGAAACAUAUUAUACGUUGGGCCGAGCAGCUCCAGUUCGACUUUGAUUCGACUUGACUUGUUGGUUGAAAAGAAAAUGUGGGUGUUCAACUCGCCGGCAACCCAUCCGCAUUCCCGUCAUCCGAAAGCUGCAGAGAGAACGAUUUUCUUGGCGCGUACGUAUGGGUAGCGCUAGUCAGCUGUACAGCUUAUCCUGGGGCGAAUUUGGUUCAUCGCUCGCUUCUGCCGUACAACUGCUUCGAGGACACGGUGAUCUGGUAGACGUUACUCUCGCUGCCGAAGGUCGUACUUUUUCCGCGCAUAAAAUCGUUCUCUCUGCUGCAAGUCCCUUUCUUCUUGAGUUGUUAAAGAGUACACCAUGUCAGCAUCCAGUGGUUAUGCUAGCAGGCAUUGGUGCGAAUGAAUUAGAGUCCAUUUUAGAAUUUGUUUAUAAAGGAGAAAUAAGCGUGGAGCCCUCACAGUUGCCUUCGUUGCUGCAGGCAGCUCAUUGCCUCAGCAUUCACGGUCUAACGCCACCCACCAUUAUGACAGAGAAGGGAGAGCAAAUACCAGUUUCUGCGAUACCAGGCUGCAAUGAUGCUAAUGCAGCCAGAGAGGCAAUGAAUUCAUAUCUUUCCCCACGUAAAAGAAAGAAGAAGAGGAAGCUCUCUGGUGGAGGUGGAAAAUGGCCGCGUGCAGGUUACUCUAUUGAAAGUAGAUCACAUGAUUCUGAGGACAAUAGGUCAGAUUAUGGCCAUAAGGAUGGAGAUGAUGAUGAUGCCAAGGAACGGUCGAAUCACCACAUUUCCUCGCCGCUGCCGCAACAUCAGCUGGUACACCCAGUACAUGAGCACAAUCCAGGUGGCUUGAUCUCGGAGCAAGAUAGUGAGCAGCCACAUCUGCACAAUCUGAUGCCAAUGCAACCAUACUCGCCGCUGCAUAUACCGCAGUUCCCGGGGGCAAUGCAAAAUGUUGCCUACUCCUCGGGAACCAGCAGUGUGCCGGCACAAACCACCUCCCCGUCGAAUACCACGUCGACGACGUCGACUCAGUCAACCGCCAAGAUACGUGGAGCAUCCGACUGUCCAGGCACUUGUCCGCUGUGUGGUGCAACGUUACGCCAAGCGCGAAACUUGCGUCGACAUUUGUUAUCCUCGUGCAAGUACCGUUUCACCGCAAAUCCAAACCAUCAAGUGGUAUCGAAUUCAAUGUCGGUCGAAGUGAAGCCAGAAAUCGACAUACCGGGUUAUCCAGGAGAUUGGAAAUCAAGAACGCAGUCGGAUCAGCCUGCCACUUGUCCAUUAUGCGGCGCAUCGAUUCGACAGUCUAGAAAUUUGAGAAGGCAUUUGGAAUUGUUACAUUUUGGAUCGGGCUCCGGUAAAUCAGGAAUAAGAGUUAAAAAAGAUAAAUCCGGUAAAAGUUUUACGCCGAAAACCUCACACUACUCCAGAACCUCACUGGUGUUUAGGGACCGAGAUCUCCAACGUGCUAAAUCCGAAGCUACCGAUUAUUCGUCAAUGUCUUCGUUAAAUUUAAGCACGGGGCCCGGUUCUAAUUCGUCCAGUAUUCAUGUGCCAGGUUCCCUGAUGUUGACGGGAUCUGCUGGGGUGGCCAAUCACCAUCAUCACCACCCUGGGCCUGCUCACAGCCAUAAUACCACUCCUGCACACGCGACACCCGCGGUGGCUUGUCCACCACCGCCCCCAACCAUGGUCCCGCCGAACAAUGGCGUAUACUCGUCCGAGAGUGCCAGUAUGCUGAGUUGUUUACUUCCGACGCUACCGACCUUACCAACGUUGUCCACUCCACACGACGUGUUCCGUCACUCGGAAUUCCUUCGUGCAAAUAUGGGAUACCCGCACGAUCCCACCAGGCAACAUUACCCCAGUGCUAGACAUUUACCACGGACAGAGCUCACAUGAUCUCAAC